GUGCGACAUAUCACAUGAUUCAGCCAUUAUCUGGGAAUAGGUCAAUGUGGACACUCGUGUGACUUGUAUAUAUAAAGAUCAAUUACCAUCACACAAGUUAGUUUGUAAUUCAGCAGAGCAUCGCCAUGUCCAACCGUGUUGUCGUAGACGAUGAUGAUGAUGAAAGAAGUUCUUUGCUCUCCAGAGUCAACCGUCAAGGAUCUGUGAAUAUAGUGUUCAAAGAUGGUCCGAGAGAAAGAAGUGGAUCUUCAUCAGAGAGCAGACCGCUUAUUUCACCGACAGUUAGGAAUAUCAUAAUAGCCGUCCUGAAUGUCAUAACAAACGUCAUGAUGAACGUAUCCCUCCCUAUCUAUGCUGGCACAAUGGACGAAGUUGGAGGAGAUGCAUUUGUUCUGCUCAUGAACACAAGUUUCACAGUAUCAAUUUUAUUUGCGAUAAUGACACUCAUUGUCAAAUAUACCAAGCUCGACCCAAAAGCUAGUCUGCGACCAAAGUCAUCGUGGAAGGUUCUGAUUGCCAUGGGACUGUUCACAACGCUUAAUGGUAUCCUGGUUGUGAAUGCUAGUCCCCCGAACAGAACACCUCCCUAUCUGCAAGGAAUAUUGGCAUCUACUGUGAUACCGUAUACGGUUCUGUGUCGUCUCAUCAUCCUUAGGAAAGGUAUAAGCACUGUAAGAGCAUUGUGCACCUGUGUGGUCCUGGCCGGUCUUUUCAUUACAACAGAGCCCCAGACAUUCGGACUAGAUGGCUCCGGUAAUGGGGACUCGGGCCCUACCCCUUCCGUCUUACAAAGAAUCAUCUGGCCAUUGUGUUUUGCCCUUGGAUUUCUACCUAUUGGGUUGAGUAACGUGUUUUGCGAAAAGGAAUUAAAGAAAGAUGAGUGUGAGUCGCUUGGUUUUAUCACAUGGACAAACGUAUUCCAGUUCGUUACCCUGCUAUUUUUCUUCUGGACCGAUUUUGUGCCAGGAUUUGGAAUGUCCAGUUCGGCUUCAGAAUUUUUCACGAAAUUCGGGAAAGGGUUUUCCUGCCUUUUUAGUUCAGCCACUUCCUGUCGUGGCCUAGCGGGGAAGGCCUGGCUCUUUAACGUAGGGUACGUGUUUGGGAACCUGUUUCAGUUCUUACUGAUACAGUACGCGGAGGGGUCAGUCUUCGCGGUCAUCAUACAGGCAAUGGUCACUCCCAUAGCAACCAUUUUCUGGACACUCUUCUCGUACGAUCAGAAAGCUGACAUUUUCAAAUGGAACCCAGUUAUGAAUACCACUACAGGGUUCACACUGUCUGGUCUGGCAGUUAUCGUACCGGGGGUAUUACUCUACAACUACUUCAGCAGAAAGGAAGCGCAGGCCGCAGCGCGAAGCACAGAUAUUUCUAUUAACGUUGUCAAUUAAAUCAAAUUAAGUCUUAAGUGAACUUCACAAAUCCAAAUCCUCGACAUGCAACGCUGAAUCACGCUUUUAAGAAAGUGUCGUUGCAAAUUGUUGUAAUAAAACAAACCGGGCACAGGAGAUUGAAGGUGUUUCAAUAUGGUCGGAAUUCUCGACUGUCGAACUGUUCGCGUUGUGACUAUAGACUGAUCGUACAGGUAUACAAUCAUUUUGCUUUCAUAGAUUGAUAUAUGGGCACACGUAUAGAGGCUACAAAGAGCAUUCGCGCUAACUUUUGUUCAAAAAGCGCAUCAACCCUGGCAUUCCUCUAAAGUAUGUCACGGAAAUGAAUUAUAAUUUGAACUUUUAAAAAUACAGAUUAAACAAUAACAACACAAUGAACAUGGAUAGAAAUGUAUUUUGAGUCAGAGUAACGAUUUGACGUAAUCAUUUUUGUUGGUUGUAAAAAUGCUUAUUGGAAACUUGCUUGUCUAGAUAAUGACGCGUAUGAUACUACAUUAAAUGAUAAACAUCAUUUGAUAUAGCACCAUAUCUAGCUAAAAUAGGUCACUCUAAAGCGCUUUACAGUACAUAGAUAUUCAAUUAGCAUACACAUUAAUCAAUUCAAUUUUUUGAGGAAUUCUCAGGACCCUUGUGUUUGAGUGUAAUCGAUCCCAUUCAAUCCAAUAUUCAUUUAACGCGUAAUUGCAUAACCGGUGUGGAUUAUUCAUUUUUGUGUAUCAUUACGAUUGUUAAUUUAAGUUUCUGGGUGUUAUUUCUGUCAAAAUAAUUCACGUCAAAAUUUGACAAUAAUGUCAAUAGUUCCGUGUGUAUAAACUGUACUGUACUUUUGUAUUCGUUGUUGUAUGAGAGAAAUAAAAAUCAACGAGGUGUGUGUGUGUGUAUCAUACUAGAAUAGAUAAUGAGGGUGAAAUAAUGUUAAAAAAUAUUUAAGGAAGGUUUUGAAUGUGAAGCUGGGAGAUGGAUACAUGGUUUGUUUAUAGGUGUGAAAUGUGUGUAGCUGUGCUACAGGCCGAUUGUUUGUUUUGUUAUUAUCCUGAGAUAGUAUUUGCAACUCGAAUGUGAAUAAAAAGA